GUGUGUGUGUGUGUGUGUGUGUGUGUGUGUGUGUGUGUGUGUGUGUGUGUGUGUGUGUGUGUGUGUGUGUGUGUGUGUGUGAGACAGGUGCUCCGAGGGAUGUGAGCUUCAAUUGACUGCGUUCGAGUGGGAGGCGACUAAAAUGCCCAGACGCUCCGUGGAGCAGACGAUACAUGAGCACAGCGUUGAAGGUCUCACACAGCUGAUUAUGAGCAGAGGAAGCCACUCCGGGUCCUCGGCCCAAGAGCUGAGGCUCCUGCUCGUGGGCAACAUCGGGUGCGGGAAGACGCUGUCGGCCGACACCGUCCUCGGGCAGCCGUCCCCCGAGUCCCACGCGUCCCCGCGGAGCUGCCGGCUGCGGCAGGGGGCCUUCGAGGGCCGGGCCGUGACCCUGGUGGAGGCGCCGCGGUGGUUCUGGAGCGGCGGGAAGAUGGAGGACAGCGUGAGGAAGGAGACGGCCCGGGCGAUGACCCUGCUGGAGCCCGGUCCACACUGUAUUCUGCUGCUGGUGCCCGUCUUCCAGUUUACAGAGAUGGAGGGUCGAGUCCCUGCGGAGCUGGAGGAGAUGUUUGGGGAGGCCUCGCUUAAUCACACCCUGGUCCUGCUGACCUGCGGGGACUACUUAAUGGGAAGGACAGUGGAGGACUACCUGCGGAGUGACUCCGGCCUGAGGCAGGUCGUCGAUCGCUGUGGGGGCAGAUACCACGUCAUCAACAACCGCCAGCGAAACGACCGGGACCAGGUCCGAGAGCUGCUUAAGAAAGUGGACAUCAUGGUGCAGCAGAACGGGGUGUGUCCCAUCAAAACGCUCCGGGACGCCGAGUCUGAGAAACCAGUGCCGGGAGGAAAACGGGAGGUUCUGGAAAGUUACCGAGCUCAAAACGCGGAGAGGUGGGAGUCGGCGCCGGCACGCGGUCGCAACCAGGAAACGGCGAGGAGCGGCGAGGACGCGGGAGACGAGUACAGCGCCGCCCUGCAGAGGAGGAGGAAGGAGCGCAGGGACGAGGUGGAGGGACGGGCGGGCGUGAGGCGGGAGUCCAACGGGCUGCAGUCGGCUCCCGCUCCGAGGCCCGAGGGGUCCACUCACGCGGAUGAGGACUGGAGGCGGAACAGGACGCCCAGCUUCAAACUCAACGCAGAUGGAGCCCUGCUCUCACAAAUGUCUGAGGCCAAGCCGAAGAAGGUGAUCAGCACCUUGCACCACAGAAUCAACAGCUUCGAGGAGCAGUCUCCCUCCCUCUCUCCUACUUCCUCCCCUCGCUCGCCUCCUUUCUCCUCUAACUCUCCCUCGUCUUCGGCCUUCGCCGACUCAGCGUUUUCUGAGCCUUCAUCCCCCUCCUCAUCGGCCUUUGCCUUCUCUCCUCCCCCGCUCCCUUCGCCCGCCCCUCCGACCGCCGCCUCCUCGUCUCCGGAGCUGCGCCUGGUGCUGCUCGGGCGCUCCGGCGCAGGGAAGAGUGCGACGGGCAACAAAAUCCUGGGUCGGGAGGAGUUUGAUUCCUGCGCCAUUACUCAGGAGUGCGACAAAAAGAAGGCGCUGGUUGGAGGAAGAAGGGUGGCAGUAGUGGACACCCCGGACUGGUUCAAUUCCCAGAACGCCCCGGAUGAGGUGCGAGCUCAGAUCUCCUCCUGCGUCGCCCUGUCCAGUCCGGGCCCUCACGCCUUCCUCCUGUGCGUCCCCUUGGACCGGCCCGCGAAGCUGGAGCUGCAGGCCCUGUGGGCCCUCGACGCCGUCUUCGGCCCAGAAGCGGUGCGGAGGCACACGCUGGUGCUGUUCACCUGCGAGGACCGACUGAGGGAGAGCGGGAGGGCGGGCGGCAGCAGCGUGGAGGCGUACGUGGCCGGUCAGAGGGCGGACCUGUUGAACCUGGUGGAGAGGUGCGGGGACCGGUUCCACGUGAUGGCGGCGGGGGACGGGGGGCGCGAGGGGAGGAGCGUGGAGGAGCUGCUGGACAAGGUGGAGCAGAUGGUGAAGGAGGCCGGGGGACAGUUCUACUCCUGCCCUGCUUUCCAGGAGGCCGAGAGCCGAGUGAGGCAGAGGCAGGUGGAGAUAGCGAGGCAGAGGAGGCGGGCGGAGCUGGACAGAGGAGGCAGCGCCGGGCAGCUGAGCCCCAAGAGGCGCCUGUCCCACAUGCAGACCGUGGCGGAGGCCGAGGAGGAGGUGAGAGAGGACGAGAUUGAGGACACCAGGGAUGAGGCGGAGAUGAGCCUGAGGUCCAUGGACAUCGAGAGCCUCCCCCCCAUCGCGGCCGGCGGCCUGCAGGCCUCGGUGCUGCGCUCCGUGGUGGAGAAGAUGCAGUGCGGCGCCGAGGCCCUGCCCCGGCUGCUGGCCGGAGGCUCGGCGUGGGCGAGAGACGGCGCCAUGCAGGUCCGGAGCAGCCCGGCGUGGGGGGCGCUUAGCAGCGGGGCGCUCAGCGUGCAGGAGAUGGUGGUCGGCAGCUCCCUGUGGGAGAAGGUGGGAGCCGGCGCCGGACACGUGUCCAAGGCGGUGGGAGAUCGGGUCCCCCAGGUGGUGGUGGACGGUUCUGCGUGGGUGGGCUCCGGAGCCAAAGCGGUGGCAGCUAGUCCCGUGUGGGGACAGGUCGGGUCCGGGGCCAAGCUAGUGGCCGGCACGUCCAUGCGGGUCGGAGCGGGGAUCGGGACGGGGGCCAAGACCGUGGCCCGAAGCCCGGUGUGGGGGAAGGUGGGUUCUGGGGCCAAAGCGGGGGCCCAAAUGGUGGCCCGGAGCCCGGUGUGGGAGCAGGCGGGAGCUGCGGCCAAGCGGGUUCCCAGGGCGCUGCUGGUGGGUGCGGUGCUGGGGCUGGUGCUCGGCGUGCUGCUGUGGGGGGUGCUCGGCGGCGCCGUCGGGGCGGCGGUCGGGUCUGCGGCAGCGGAAGCGGGCCGACGGAAAUACGGCAAAAAGAAGGCGGCGCCGGAGACAAAGGACGAAGCUGCGGCGAGAACAGUGAGCGACGGCGUGGACUCUUUGGCCAAGACGCUGAAAACUGAAUGACUGAACGCAAGAUACUGUAAAAACAUGUAUGUGAUGUAAAUGAGAAAACAGUUUAAGGAACUUUUUAUCGUGCAUGAAAACACUUUUUGCUUUUGGUGGUUGAAUUCAAAACAGGUCCUGAGGUGGUUUCACUCCAGAUUUAAUCCAUUUGUUUUAUUUGUGUAUUGUAGAAUCUCAAGUUGCUAAUAUUUUCUCUUCAUCUUCAUCAUUUUUGUGAACUGCCAUUUGUUCAUCUAUUACAUUAAACAUAAUCUGAAUGGAAUAAUGACUUCUACAUGAUUCUUCACAAAGCUUCGAGUUUUAAGUUAAACGUGGAGCUCCAUCCUGCCUUUGCAGUAUAUUGAAUCAUGCUCCAGCUGUGAAGGUGCGUUCAUGAGUGUUACUGUACGUGGGUGUGACGCUGGUGGUGAGAGGGAGGAGGCUCCCGUGGAUUAUCUCCAUGGACCAGGCUGGCCAGCGUCGCCCGCUGGGCCUCCUGUAUCGGGAGCGCGU